AUGCCCCCGGAUCUGAAUUCUCUUCCUCCAUCCCGAUCAUCUUCGACUUCCUCCUCCAUUCUACGUAAUAUGUCCGCCCCUGGAACUGGUCCCGUGAUCCCCAACAACGCCUCACCAAGGCCCUCCCGUGGCUCGAGCAUAGGCCGACUAUCGGUAUCCGAGCGGCGUCGAUCCAAUGCCGGCAUGAAUCUGAACAUAAACGAGAUGGGUACUGGCCACGCAGCUAGCGAUACACCCGCAUCAGACCACCACCAUCGAAGCUCGAUUGGGCAAGCAUUCCGCACAGCCAGCCCGUCCAGCCAUGGUGGAAGCCCCGUCUUCGCGACUGCAGAUCCCCAUCACCAGCGAGCACCAUCGUUGGGAGAGCUACACCAAGAGCUGGAACAGGAGCAGGAAGCACAAGUGAACCGUCUUCUUCAGAUGAUCCGCAGCCAGCAGGCCCAAUUACAACAAUACCAGCAGCAACAGACCCCGCAAUCAUCUGCCGCAAUCGAUGACACAACCCCGGCAUCCGAACGAUCGGCUUUCUUCCCCCGGUCCGGCACCACCUCCAGCCGUCAAGCAACGUCACCGAACUUACGGCCGCUAGACUCGCGUGGAUCCGAAGGCGUGGAGCCAUUCCCGGGGUUGCGGGAUAGUUCAUCUCGGCGGGGCAGCCGGGACGAGAGUGCAUUUUACCAAGCCGAAGCGAGCUCGCUAAGCCGAGAAAACGUGCUUCUGCGGCAGCGGAUUCGGGAACUAGAGAGACAAAUUAGCAACUUGACGACUUCCCAGAGUGCGUCUCCUGCAACAACCACUUCGGGCAGUGUCUCCGGGCAAGCGGGGACCGAAACCGCGGGCCCGCCUGCCAUGGGCUCAACGCGAGACGGCAAAGACUGA